AUGGUCAAAAAGCCCAUCCGCUUGCCCCCCGUGAGGGUUCUGCGAGUGAGGAAUCCGAAUAAACAGGAGGGCAACCCAUGUGUGCCGAUCAUGUCUUCAGUGCUGGCGUGCUGGGCGUCAGCAGGAUAUGCAGCGGCCGGGUGCGCUGUCAUCGAGCAAGCAUUACGCGAAUGCAUGGACGGACCAAAGCCACCGCCUAAGAAGCAGAACAACAUCAACUACCAUCUUUCAAGAUUCAAGAAGUACCUCGAGGGCAACACGAAGAAGAAAUAA